CACACACACACACACACACACACACACACAGGAAACACCUGUCCUAUGUGAGCUCAGUACCACAGAAACUCUGUGACACAUUACCACCUUGCUGUGUCUUACUCUGUAAAGUUGAACAUUGCCAGUUACGUUUCUUAUUUACACGUUUAAUACACUAUUCAUGAGACAAAAAUCAUUGAUCUACUGUAAAAUACAAGGACACUGCUUUUUUUUAGAAUGUUUAAUUCAACCACUGAUACAAAUUAAAUUAGGAAUUUACAAAACAAGACUAUUAAACAUAAGUGUAAUCCUCUUAGUGGCUGAUCUUUUUUCUGUAAUUUCUCUGGACUCUGUCUGGUAUUACCUAUUCAAAAGCAGCUGUCUCCUAGCCACUCGUUUUUGACAGCUCAUGAAUUUUUAGACUUUUAAUACAGUAAAAAAAAGAUUUAAUUAGAUACAGCAUUAGGUCCUCAUCUCCUGCUUUUUCUGCAGCACCAGUUGAACAUUACGUUGGAUCCCAAAUCCCACAUUUUUAAAGAUCUCUGGAAUCUUUGUCCUGCUAAACUUUCCAAAGAUCUCAUGUUCUUAAGGCCAGUUUUUAGCCCCACAGUCCUGUAUACUGUUAAUUUAUCACUUAAACUAUAGCCACUUGCUUUAAAACUGCUGUGGUUAAACCAUUAAUGAAUCGUUACUCACCCUGCAGGGUCUUUUAAUACCUAUUGUUUAGUCUUGAAUCUUCCAUUCUUUGUGAAAGUACAAGGAAAAGCUGCAUCUCAGCCGCUCUCGGGCCACAUAUCUAACAAUGAUCUUUAAUCUGCUUUCAGGGCCUGUCACUCCGCUGAAACUGUAAUGGCUAAAAUGAUAAAUAAUGUUGUACUUACUAUGGAUUAGAGCCAGACUGGUAAUGGUUUUCUUUGGUGGGGGAGAUGCCAAUACUGGUUUUUGGGAACAAAAAAAAAAAAAUUGUUGUGGGGACCACUGGACGUGUGAAACUUCACUUGGUGUUACCAUGGUAACCAUGUUUUCUAUUGAAUUGACCGCAAAGGUCACAUUACUACAGCUUGACAGGUACGGCACAAGUAUGAUGAACAUAUUCGCCUUUUUACAACAGAUGAAAUACAGUAAAUGAGCAGGUUGAAAAAAGUCUAAACCUUGAAGGUGCCAUAAUGGCUCGACCAAAAGAGGAUGUCACUGAUCCGCAACCGGUUUACAGCUUUCUGUCCUUAAGUUAAAGAUUCGUAUCAACAGAGUGAAACCUGAUCCUGGAUCUGUGAAAUGUUCUGUGUCAUGUGAUACAUAUGACAUGUGUUACAAUAUCACUGACAUGGCAUGUGUGUGUUCAUCUUGAAUGACCAUUGGUCAGAGCAUGAGUAGGAAAGUGUCGCUGUAUGUGUGUGACUGACACUUGUCAUUAGCCGUGUAAUGUAGUAAGGUUCAGUGUGUACGUGUGUGUACCUGUGUGUGUGUGUUGUACAGGUGGUUGUGGUCAAGUACACAAGUGGAUAGGACCUCAGGCAUCACAUUUCACCCAGUGUGCUAUUUAAUACUGCAGUGUAACUGUGUGUGUGUGUGUGUGUGUGUGUGUGUGUGUGUGUGUGUGUGUGUGUGUGUCUCUGACGAUAGCCCCAAGCCCUGUUCCAGAGCAGCGGUCGCACACAGACAGACGGUGACUGAGACGAACUGCGACUAACAACCAGUGAAGCAUUCAGAGCUUCUGACAGGAUGUAAGAUUUUGAGUUUUUUCUGUGGCGGCGUCGCGAUCAGCCUCAGCGGGGCAGAAUGAAGAUCAGAAUAGAGUGACGCUGGAUUUGGACCCUGGCUGUCUUGGCGAGUGCUUUGCUGAAUAAUUGAUCUCUCAGCUUGUGGCUGGUUAAAAAAUGAGGAAGGCAGUGCUGAUGGUUUGGAUCAGCCUCUUGGUGCAAGGGUCCCAAGGUGCCCAGGGUCAUUACGCCCGCAAACUUCUGAAUGACUUGAUGGAGGACUACUCCAACGCUCUGAGACCUGUGGGGGACACAGACGAAGCCCUCAAUGUCUCGCUGCAGAUCACGCUGUCGCAGAUCAAAGACAUGGAUGAGAGGAACCAGGUUCUAACCACGUACCUGUGGAUCAGGCAGGUCUGGCAUGACGCUUACCUGAAGUGGGAGAAGGAAGACUACGACGACCUGGAGAUGAUCAACAUCCCCAGCGACCUGGUGUGGAAGCCGGACAUCGUCCUCUACAACAAAGCAGAUGAAGACUCAGGUGCAUCCAGCACUAAUGUGAAGCUGCGUUACAAUGGAGAGAUCGUCUGGGACUCUCCGGCCAUCACAAAGAGCACAUGUGUGGUGGACGUCUCUUACUUCCCCUUCGACUGGCAGCGGUGCAACCUCACCUUCGGCUCCUGGACCUACAACGGCAACCAGGUGGACAUCAGUUUGGGCAUGGACAGUGGAGACCUGUCAGACUUUGUGGAGAACGUGGAGUGGGAGUGCCACGGCAUGCCUGCAGUUAGAGACGUCAAGAUGUAUGGCUGCUGCUCUGACCCGUACACCGAAAUCACCUACACCCUGCUCCUGAAGCGCCGCUCCUCUUUCUACAUCUUCAACCUGCUGCUGCCCUGCUUCCUCAUCUCGUUCCUUGCCCCGCUGGGCUUCUACCUGCCGGCCGACUCCGGGGAGAAGGUGUCCCUCGGGGUCACGGUGCUGCUGGCGCUCACUGUGUUCCAGUUGCUGGUGGCUGAAAGCAUGCCUCCUGCAGAGAGCAUGCCCUAUAUAGGGAAAUACUAUAUCGCCACCAUGACUAUGAUCACAGCCUCUACUUCUCUCACCAUCUUCAUCAUGAACAUUCAUUUCUGUGGCGCUGAGGCCAAGCCAGUCCCUCACUGGGCUAAAGUGCUCAUCAUCGACUACAUGUCCAAGAUUUUCUUCGUCUACGAGGUUGGGGAGAACUGCACGACACCCGAGAGCGAAAGGACCCCACUGUACCCAGAGGAGCCCAUUAGCGAUAAUGACUGCUGCCACGAGGACCUUUUUCAUGACGGGAUCGACCAUCAUGACAGCGACCUGUACAAGUACAGCAACGGCAACAGCUUGCACCACGACAAUGAGCAUCACAAGAGCCGGGCAAACGGUGCUGCCAACAGCAGGAAUCAUCAUUACAACAACCAUAACAACCACGUUUCCAGACUGGAGAGGGGUGAGGCAAAGCGAGAGCUCACACAGCACUACCACCACAUCAGGCAGGAUGAGCUGGAUUACCAGGCCCCUCCUCAGCACCUCAAUCGGGUUCUGGAGGAGCAGCUCCUGUAUCCCACAGAGAAGCAUCAAGUCCCGGCCUGUCCCUGCUGCUGCCCCUGCCUUCAACAUAAACAGGUGGUGAAGAACAUCCAGUACAUCGCCAACUGCUUUCGCGAGCAGAGAGCUACGUGCGUCAAGGCAGCGGAGUGGAAGAAGGUUGCCAAGGUGAUGGAUCGGUUUUUCAUGUGGAUCUUCUUCGUUAUGGUCUUCCUCAUGAGCAUCCUCAUCAUUGCCAAGGCAACAUCCUCCUCUUCACCUACAUAGUAAAAGUGUUAGUCCAGAGUAAACAUCCAAUAAAUCAAAACUGUUUUGUCUACCAGGAGAUUGCAUUUGAUCAUUUUGUAGGUUCAAUGCUGGGUUUCUUUUGCUUUGACAUAAAGAGGACAAGGUCACGUAGCAUACAAAUCAUCCAUUUAACCACACGCACGCACGCACACACACACACACACACACACACACACACACACACACACACACACAAAACGCAUCGAAGGCUCUCAGUUAAGGGCAGGUCUGCUUGCUUGUGUCAUGGAGCAGUGGAGCGGUAAGACAAUCUAGGCCUUGCCAUGAACAUGCAUGGACACUACAUUAUUGAUGAACUAACAGCCAGACAUCCAGCUAUAGGCGUUACAUUACUUACAUUGCAUUUAAAGCAACCAGAUGAGGCUGUUUUUCAGAGAAAAAAAUGUAUCAUCAAGAUCAGGGCACAGGUCAGCGACACAGUCCGUAGGCAGUAUUUAGAUAGUGAAUCAUGAAUCAUGUGUGAUUCAAAAUUUUGAGAAUCACGUAUCAGAACUCUACCAGUGAUCAUUGCAAGGUUGAGACAUUGAAACCAGGUGAAACUAGCUUGAAACUGAAAAUGGUUUUCUAGAUUAGACAUCAGAGGUCAGUCAACGUAAGCUGUGAAUACUUGUAUGUUGUGAAUACUUGAAUUGAAACUUCCAGGAUGAAGUUUGUCUUUAAAAAGAACCCCUCACUUUUUAAAGCAACAUUCAGACCACGAAGUCUUGACUAAGCUACAUUUUGAUAUUUGUUAUUAAAACUUAUUAUCACAGCAAUUUGUGUUGUGAGCCAACCCUAAUGUGUUGUAUAAUGUAACAUUACACUUUUGCAAAGCUCUCCAUUUCUGUUUAUUUUUGCAUAUAAAAUGUAAUUGCAUUGGU